AUGGGUAAUGUUUGUAUCUUUCAGAUCAGUCAAGUCAUGGGACAACACCAGUCAUUGGCCAGUGAUAAAGGAACGGAAUUAUCAUUAAGAGUCGCCAUUAAUAAACUAAUAGAAUCAUGUUUGAGUAAUCCUCAAUCGUCAGAAGGAAUUAGUAGUAACUACAUCAUGAAAAAUGAAAUGGAGGACAAAGACAAAUCUGAUGAACCAAAUUCUACAGGGGAUGAAACCUCGAGUGGCGAAAAGGUUGUCGAAAGUGAAAAGACAUCAAAAUUGUCUUCUGAUAAAUCAUUUAGCUCUGCACAGUCAUUUAGCUCGCUUCUAGAAAUGCAUAUACGUGAUAUGAUAGUGAACUGUGAAAAUGAUGAAGACAUUAGCAAAGUAAAAGAAAAGGACACAUCACAGGAGGUAAUGGCCAAUAACAGUGUUCAAUCUAGUGUUUUAUCCAGUACAAGUUCUGAUGGUGGUACCUCAACUACUACUACUGCUACUGUAUCAUCGGCUAUCAAUUCAUCAGUUAUUAAUUCAUCAGUUACAUCCGGUUUAAAAGCUAGUGGGAUAUCUAGUGUACCUCUUCAAACAUUAGUUGAUAAAGUCUUGGAUAAUUCAUUGGGUGACCCUUCACUCUUAAGACCACUUGACUCUACCAAUGAAAACUCAAAAGUAAAUGGUACUGGUGACAAUAAAUCAAAGGUUAGUACCACGUACGAGAUAGCUGCUGAAUCUGCGAAGGCUGUCAGUGAGAAAGUUACUAGGUGUGUAGAAAAAAGUCAAAAUAAUAACGAAAAUGAUGGCGCCUCAAAUCCAGGGGAUAUAUGUCUCAUGGCCCACAUAGAAAAGGCUUUAGAACGAAACUUUGCUCAAAUGAGUGACAAUGAAAAUGAAACUGAAAUUGAAAAAAAUGAUUCUUCCCAAGCUUCUGUUAAGGUUGGCUGUGUUCAAAGUGGUAGUGUCUCCAGACCAGCUUCCUCGAGUUCAAGCAAACCAAAUAAUGAUGGUCAAAGUAAAACUGUUGGUUCCUUACUAAAUCCGCGACAAACUCUUAUCACAAACCCUGAUGGAACUAUUAGUGUACAAGAUAUAGUUGAUAGGAUCUUCAGUCAAACUGAAAUGAUCAGUAAACUUUUAACUCCUGGUACUCCAUCUACCACAAGCAGCAUAGCACAUCCAGCACACCCACAAGAAAAAGUUCCCCCAUCAACUCCUGUUUCCUCUCAACAGUCGUAUGAAAGAAGUAUAGUGAAAACGGUGAACUCUUCCAGGGUAGAACCGUAUUCUCAUAAUUUUUCCAAGCGUCACGUUAAGCAGUAUAAUGAUGCAGAACACUACAAGGUGACAAAACAUACACCUUCAAAUCGUUCUCGUGAAGACAUCUACCCGAGCCGAAGUACACCAUCUUCGCACGCGAGUGACAUUUCUGAGAGACAAAUAGGAUACAGCCAAGUUCGUCUUAAGGACACCAAUACACACCAUAAAGCCAAUUCCUAUAUCCAACCUGAUAUAUCUGAUCAUUAUGUUGAUCCCAGAGUAAUUAAUGAAGCACAGCGACAAGCUGCAGCCCGUGAAAAUAUGAUGAUGCUUUCUCGAUACUCAUAUUCGAUGCCAAUGACGUCAAGCGUGGACCCAAACUCUUUGGCCGCUCACCAUCUUCUUAGGUGUUAUCCACCUGGAGCUUUGAUGCAACAGCGUCUACCACCACCUUUACUUUGUGUUGACCAAAUCAAUGAUACGCACAUUCCUCACCCCUAUAAUAAAGCCUGUCCAUGUAUGGCAUGUUCAUCACACAGAGCCCAUAUGGAAGAUCUAAAGCGUUCACCCAAACAGCAUCCGUCAAAUUUAUUGAUGCCAUCACGGAUUUCUCCAAGUAGCUCUCCGCAGUAUCAGUCAAGGUUAUCGCCUCAUAAUAGAGAUAUGCGGAACCUCUCUCCGCACUCACCACAGCGAUAUGGUAACCACCCAUCCGCUUUCACACGAGUCAAAGACACCCUAGCCGAAAGAGAAAAGGCGCAAUUGAUGUACAAUGAAGAAUUGUUACAUCAAAAGAAAAACAGAAAUGACAAUGGAAUAGAUAUGAUGUAUAGAGAAAGAAAACACGUUGAAGGGUUUCGACCAGUAACAGAACCCAGUUUUCAUAGGUCGAAACCUCCUAUUAGUAGUCAUUCAAAGAAUGCAAUGUUACCCAAUGAAGUGCAAAUAAGUGCCCCCUCAUACGGUCUUAAUUACGGAACCAAUCCAGUGGCAAUUAAUCAGGUAGACCAACCUUUAGAUCUCUCUAAAAAGAAACCAUCUGCUCAGAACCAGCAAUAUCACGACACUGUAAAACGUAAUAUUCCCGUUUAUAAAGAACGUGAUGCUCAUCCUAGUGCCCCCAGUUUCUCUAAAACAAACUUACCUGAUCAUAGAUUCGUAGACCAAAGAUCUAUUCGCCACGUCACCCAUCAUUCAGAACACAAGCCGUUUGUUGAAGUCGAAAGUGUGAGUAGCCAUGAACAUUAUUUACCUCCCCAUACCAAUAUAUCUCAAUAUCAACACAGAGUUGAACCAAAUCGCAUCCAAGAGACAUCGGCUGCAAUGACUCCCGGUAUGAUGCCAGAUCAGCUAGGUUCUCCAGGGGGGAUGCGACCUCAACUACACCCUCUCCCAUCACCAACUCUAUCAACUAGCUAUUCACAUGGAUCGACGUCUCAAUCGCCACAGGUACCUAAUCAUAUACCAUCACCUGUAGACAAGGCUCUGGAUGUCGACAGAGGAACGGUUGUUGAAGCUAACAUUUCCAGACCUUCUAGUCAGUGUAGCAGUUCAUCAUUAGAUUUGGAUAAGGAUAAACGGGGAUCUAUUUCUAGACACGAACCCGUACAGAAUAUCAUAGGAACACAUCCCCCUAGUGAUAUAUUGUAUCUUAUAUGUCGACUGUGCCGUCAAACAUACGGAAGUCCAUAUGGAUUCCGGAAACACUUUAGGAACCAACAUGGUUUUGAACCGCGUGCAGAGCAUACAAUUGUUCAUACAAUUUCUGCAACCAAAAAUGCCAUGCAGCACAUUCCAGGAAUGCCGAAUAUUCCCAAUGACGCUAUGCAGUCACCAAGGGGAUUUCAACCAGUUCCAGAUGGUACUAUUUACGAUGGUAUUGACAUUCCUAAAGUACGCGAGAGAGCUGCUAGCGAUUCCAAAUUGCUCAAACCUGUAUCGAUGACGGAAUCGAUUAGACCAAUGGGAAGUCGUUCAGCCGAAAGUCGGCAAGUAUUGCCCUGCAAGGAAGAAACAGAUGACACUAAAUGCUUGCAAUGUGAACAAUGUAAGCAAACCUUUCAGCUCAAUGAUUUUGGUUCGUACAAGAGACACUGUAGGCAGCAUAAUCAAACUCGAACUAUUGGACCCUUUCAUUGUCAAAUGUGUAGUUGUUCAUUUCACGAGCCACAACUUUUGGAAGACCAUAUGUUGCAGCAUGAAUCUGAAACAUAUGUGUGCAAAUAUUGUAAGAUACCGUACGCCAAUAAACUGUAUUUAGAAGAUCAUCUUAAAACUGUACAUGGUAAAGAAUCAGUUGUGAACGUGAAUUCUUGUAAAUAUUGUCAUCAUAAUUUUAUUGACUACAAAGAACUGCUUCUCCAUAUUCAGUCGGUACAUGGACAGUCUGGACAACCUGACCAUGAUAAGCUAGGUGUAGGUGAGAAAACGUAUGAAUCGCAAGGCGAUACGACAGUUUCCAGUCACGUCGAUAUUCAGGAGGCUGAUCAAAUGACGACUCUUUCGUGCCCGGAUAGUAGUUCAGAUACCCUUGCAGACAGUGCGCGAUCAUCCGUUCCGCAAUCAUCGACUGGCUGCGUCACGGAGCCCGUAGUCUGUAAUAACGUGAAAUCUGAAGAAUUAUGUCCUUCGACAAUUUCAAAUGAUAAUUCUCAAGAUGACGUUUCUUCUGGUGGAAAUGACACAAACGAAGAUAGUUUUUACAAGCAUAAAAAGUUUUUCGGACAUAGGAAAAGGAAGGAGUCGUUAGAUUUGGGUCCGAUUCCUGCCAAAUCUUUUAAAGGUGAGAGUGCGGCGGACACUGUAGAUAGUAAUAAAUGUGAUUCGGGUGUUAUUGAUAACACUGUGUCGUGUUCAAGUACUACUAAUUUAUCAGAACGAGAAAAACUAUGUGAUAGUUCUUCUCUUAACGGGGAUUCCUUACCCAAAGAAGGAGUGAAUAUGGAUCCAUUGGAUCAAACUGAUAAUCUGGUUCAAAAUAAACAAGAAGCUAGGCAUCAAAUGCCGUUUGUGUGGGAUCGCAUUACUCGUAGUCAAGCUGGAAAGAACAUUAGACCACCAGACUAUAUGGCUUAG